AUGGAAUUAAUUAAUAAAUAUUUCGAACGGAACGAAGUUCCUAAAGUAGACUAUGUCCCCGAAGAAUCUAAACAUAAAGAAUCCAAACCAAUAGAUACAAAUAAGAAAGUUACUCCAAUAAAUUAUAUAUCAUUCUUACAAAGUAUAGUAAAUAAAUAUAAUCUUAAAGAUAACAAAGAAUUAAAACAAUGUAAUAAAGAAAUAAACAGAUACAUUUUAAAUAAUCCAGAUGUAAAUAAUAUAGAAACCAAAGAUCUAAAUGAUAAAGAUAAAGGAAAACAACAAUUGGUUAAGAAAAGAACAAGAAUAUCUAAUAAACAAUAUAACGAAUUAAAAAAUAAAUUAUUGGAUAAAGAUAAAGAUAAACAAUAUAGUUCCGAAGAAAUAGAAGAAUUAAAAGAAGAAAUAGAUAUUCUUAAAAACAAGCAAGAUAUAUUACUAAAUACUUUAAAAAAGAUUACAAAUUAUAUCGACAAGAAAGCAGAUUCAGUAUUAAAUAAUUAUUAA